AUGCCUCGUCCGACUAACCGUGAGGAAGUCCUCGCCAGGCUUCGCAAGACUGUUGCCGAUGGGUCGAUUAUUGUCGGGGCUGGCGCGGGCAUCGGGCUCUCGGCCAAGGCGGUUGAGCAGGGCGGCUGCAAUCUCAUUAUCAUCUACAACUCGGGCCGAUUCCGAAUGGCCGGGCGCGGCUCACUGGCCGGGUUGAUGCCGUACUCGGAUGCGAACCAGGUGGUUGUAGAGAUGGCCAGCGAAAUCCUCCCUAUCGUAGAAAAUACUCCCGUCCUCGCCGGCGUCUGCGGCACCGACCCCUUCCGCUCGAUGCCACACUUCCUCACAGAACUGCAGAACCUCGGGUUCAGUGGCGUGCAAAACUUCCCAACAGUCGGGCUCAUCGACGGCCAAUUCCGAGCAAACCUCGAAGAAACGGGGAUGGGGUACGACCGCGAAGUGGAAAUGAUCGCGACGGCACACCGGCAGGGUCUUUUCACCACGCCGUAUGUCUUCAGUGUCGACGAUACCACAAAGAUGGCGCGCGCGGGGGCUGAUGUCGUUGUUGCGCAUGCGGGACUCACCACGUCCGGCGCGAUUGGCGCGCUCAGUGGGCGCUCGCUCGAGGCGUGUGUGGGGUUUGUGCAGGCCAUUCGUGAUGUUGCUGUUCAGGUCAACCCUGACAUUCUGGUACUAUGUCAUGGCGGUCCUAUUGCGCGGCCUCGGGAUGCCGAGUUUGUGUUGUCGAGGACUAUUGGUGUUCAUGGCUUCUUUGGGGCGAGUAGUAUGGAGAGGUUGCCGGUGGAGGUUGCUAUCAGGGAGAAUGCGCACGCAUUCAAGAAGUUGAGUGUGCGCUUGGAGUAG